AUGCCCGACGCUCCAGAGCCCGAGCGCCGCAAGACCGCCGAUGGCCUUAAACAAGUCCUUGAUCAUGGCGUCGACGCUGAGCGGCUCAGAGCCAAGUUCGACGUCUCCCACUUUGACCUCAACGCCAUGAUCCGCGGCGCCCAACUCACCCUGGUCGGAGCUCAUCGAGCUUUGCAGAACCCUGCGCUCUUCACCAGCGACCACUACCGCCAGGCUGCUCUUGCAGUCAUGGCAGGUAUCGCCAUCAGGCUCGUCGUGGCCAUUCCUAUCUGGGGUGUCAGGGUGUUGCUCUGGCUCAUGGCACUGGUUUACCCCAUGGACCAGGUAUCCUGGGACGACUCGCUUGUUGACGGACUUAAUUUCGUCGGCGAAUAUGUCCUCCAGCUUCCCUUCUUUCUCAUGGCCCUUAUGCGGUACCUUGUACCGACUCUGGAUAAUCUGUUCAUGCAGUCCCUUCAGUGGGUCGACGUUACAUAUGUCCAAAAGCACAAGAGCGAACACCCCGACCAACUUCGGGACAUGUACUACCCGAACCUGCGACAGUACCGCGUUGUGGACGGGAGCACACACUCGGAAAGCACAGCCCAGGCCCUCUCCAUGUUCCUAUACAGGUUUGCCCGGAGAGGCUGUAUAUCAGUCGCCAUAUUCGCACUUUCUUACCUACCGCUGGUCGGAAAGUUCGUGCUGCCCGCAGCCAGUUUCUACACCUUCAACAGGGCCGUCGGUCUAGGUCCUGCGAGUGCCGUCUUCGGUUUGGGAGUGGUGCUGCCCAAGCGGUAUCUCAUCAUCUUCCUUCAGUCAUACUUUGCAUCCCGAAGCCUCAUGCGGGAACUCCUUGAGCCUUAUUUCGCUCGCAUUCGCUUCUCCCACGCCGAAAAACGCAAUUGGUUUAGAAGUCGUGAGGGUGUCCUGUUCGGGUUCGGACUAGGCUUCUACAUUCUAAUUAGGGUCCCCCUUGUUGGAGUUUUCAUAUACGGCAUCGCGGAGGCUUCCACGGCAUAUCUCAUUACUAAGAUCACUGACCCCCCUCCUCCUCCGGCAAAAAUGAAGGAAUUUGUGUCUGGCCAGCAGGAAUGGAGGAAUAAGCACGAGUUUCUAAGCCUCUCACUCGCAAAUUUGGAUACCCUUGACCCCAGUCCUUGGCCACUGGAGAGCAGACCGCCAAGUUAG